UUUUAAUGUUUAACUUUCAAUGGUAAAUAUAAUAUGUAACUAAAAAGUAUUUUUAGCUAGUGCUAGUGUUGUAGUUAGCAUGCUAGUAAGGUGUCUAGAAAUAGUCUUAACCUUUAAAAGUUACAAACAAUAUUAACAGUACUGAGAAAUCUUAUUUUUCAAAGUAACUUCUUUUAGGUGGUUUCUUUGGAUUUUAUGCCUAUGUUUAUAUUUUCCACUGUAUUGAUAGAACUUCCUUACUUAGCCCAUACACCAAGGUGUAGAGACGUUUAUUCACUAUGGAGUCGUCAUGAGUUUGGUCUUACAAUACAAAUUCAAUGCAAUAUUGCCUAGGGUUUCCAAAAAGAUGAAGGGUUGUUAUGCCAGCCUUGGACCAGAUAAGUGGGACUUAGGCUGUCUGGCUGACUGACUUCAAACUUCAGUCUGUCACCCAAAAUAACUUGAAUCUGCAUGUGGUACAGACGACAGGAAACAACACUGCAGAGAGCCAGCACGGCUCAUGGUGAUGGUGCUGCAGGUAGGUAGAAGAGUGCAAAUAGACUCCCUGCCACCUCAUCUGCAGUCAGGUAGUUCAUUACUAGGGGACACUUCAGAACCUGAAGACUCCAAGCAGGGUUUGAGAUGCUGGUGCCUCAGCCAUUUCAAAAUCUUCCUUGUAGCAGCAGCUUGCUCAUCUGGCACAGUUGUCUUUACUAGGUGGAGACUGUCUGACUUGUUCCUGUCGUGGAUGAUCUUGACAACAAAUCUGCUCAGCCAUGUCGUACGGUGCAGGUUUUGGAGAUCCUAAUCAACUAGCCCAACGCAUAACUUCUAACAUCCAGAAGAUUACACAAUGCUCUGCCGAAAUACAAAGAAUACUACAUCAGCUUGGAACACCGCAAGACACGCCUGAGUUGAGGCAACAGCUGCAGCAGAAGCAGCAAUACACCAACCAGCUUGCCAAAGAGACUGACAAAUACAUUAAGGAGUUUGGAUCUUUGCCGGCAACAAGUGAACAGCGUCAAAGAAAAAUACAGAAAGACCGUCUUGUGGGGGAGUUCACCACAGCACUAACAAAUUUCCAAAGACUCCAAAGGCAAGCUGCUGAGAAAGAAAAAGACUUUGUAGCCAGAGUAAGAGCCAGCUCAAGGGUAUCUGGUGGUGCUCCUGAAGAUAGCUACAAGGAAGGAACACUUGUCUCUUGGGACAGUCAACCGCAAGCACAAGUGCAAGAUGAAGAAAUUACAGAAGAUGACCUCCGUCUUAUUGAGGAGAGAGAAUCUUCCAUUAGGCAGCUUGAGGCAGAUAUUAUGGACAUCAAUGAAAUUUUUAAAGAUCUAGGAAUGAUGAUUCAUGAACAGGGUGAUGUGAUAGACAGCAUAGAAGCCAAUGUGGAAAAUGCAGAAGUACAUGUGCAGCAAGCAAACCAGCAGCUGUCAAGAGCAGCAAACUACCAGCAAAGGUCCCGAAAGAAGAUGUGCAUCCUCAUGAUUAUACUUGCUGUUGGAGUAUUGCUUCUUGGACUCAUCAUAUGGUUGUCUAUAAGAUAAGUCUCUGGAGAAAGCAUUGUAACUGGUAUUUAAAUUAUGGAAGGAAAUUCCUAGUUAUGGUUUGCUCAUUGUGAUGCUGAGUAAAAUAAUGAUUCUGUACUUCAUCACAUUUUUUUUUUAUAAGACUUUCUGUUUUAACCUGAGAAGUAACAUUCUCAGUACUGCUGUCACUAUGACUGCCUGCCCUCUUGGAUGUGAGUGUUCUUACCAGAAAAAGAGUCAACAUCAUAAACUGUUCCGUUAACUUACACAUAUAAACCCCUUAAGAUUUAGGGGCGCUGAUCAAAAUCCUGAUAAUUUGAUUUGAAGGGGUGGGUGGUUAUCUUUUGGGAUGUUGCUUGAGGCAACAAAUUCAUAUAUCAGAAUCUAUUUUUAAGUUAGAAAUGUCUUUCUGUCUCUUACCCUUCCAUCCCACUCACCUGCCCAUUUGAUAUGGGUGGUUCAAAAAUAAAAUGUAGGUUGCUGAAGUUGAUGUGAUCUCUCUUUUAUAACUGAAGCCUUUUGAAUUAAGCCUUCAGUUUGCCUGAAAACUUUUAGAUGCUUCAUAUAUCUCUCUAUAUGGUGUUGAACAUGGUUAUGCCUGGAAACCUCCUGCAAAGAUUGGUAGGGUGGAUGGUGUAAUUAUGUGGAUUUUUUUGUUUCAAUUCUUGCAUUAAGAAAUACUGUGUUUUAUGUGCACAUGUCCAGUAUCUUUGCAUCUGAAGUGUGCGUUGAUGAGCUUGGGUACACGAAAAUAAGCUCUAGUCUGUGAAUUCUUAGAUUUACUGGGAAGAAUAGAAAUUCCCAACUUCCUAACUGCACUUGAAUGUCACUGUUCUGAAACUGCUGUGAUUCAGUUUCCAUGAACAAAUCCAAAGUUAUAUGUGAGGUCUUUCAAACAGCUGAAGAAAAGAAGAUUACAAGUUCAAUUGCAAGUUCAACAGUAGUAUUUGAAAUUAAGUUGCAAUCGGUUGAACUGAUUCAAACUUUUUAAGACGUUUGCUUUAUAGCCUUUAAAAUGACUUUUUUCCUUUUGUGCCAUUUUGUACUAAUAUAUUAAAAAUGUAACAACACUUCUUUUUUUGCCAAUUAAUCUAGUUGCCUUUUUAAUUGAUGAACUAAUCAGAAAAGUGUACAGAUUAAAAGGUCACUUAAUCUUUAUUUUAUAAAGUUGUUGUACACUAGACUGAUAGAGAAUGCACUGUUUACAUGGUGAGCUGUGAAACAUUAUUUGGGAACAACCUAACUGUAAGCAUCUAUGGACUCCAGAAUUGUAACCAUGCAACCAAAAUAAAGGUCUUUUAAAGAGUA